AUGUACUGUGGGUACUCAUCCGACAUUAUACAACCGGGGAAUGUUCCGUUAUGGAGUGACACAGAGGAGACUGAGUAUGAUGUGGAUGAGAGGAUUGUGGGGGGUCAGGAAACAACUAUAGAGGAAUAUCCGCACCAAGUGAACUUUUUAUUCCAACGAGAUAAUGGUACUUACUUUUGCGGAGGAUUCAUCAUUAGUGAAUAUUACAUUCUGACAGCAGCCCACUGUGCACAAGGUAUUGAUCCUACCACAGUGAUUCUGAGAGCUGGUAGCACAUAUCGGGGCAAUGGCACUAUUAUACCGAUAGACGAGAUAGUCGCACACCCAGAAUAUAACGAUUCACCCUUUGAUAAGGAUGUUGGCUAUAUACGAACUUCUAAUCCAAUACAGUUUACUGACGCCAUGAAGCCCAUUCCCCUCGUAAAUGAAUCUGAACCGUGCAGUAAUAGAGUGAACGUCAGCGGAUGGGGCAGACUGAUGGAAGGACAAAAUCCCUUGCCUCUAAGACUGAGAGCGGUGAAUGUGCCUGUUGUUGAUUAUUUUAGAUGUAAGAUGGCGUAUCCCAGAAUAUUAACUCGCAACAUGGUAUGUGUUGGGAAUUUCGUCUUAGGAGGUCAGGGUACUUGUCAGGGGGAUUCAGGAGGCGCUGGGGUUGAUAAUGGGAGGGCUUGUGGUAUAGUGUCAUUUGCAAGAGGUUGUGCACGCCCUAUGUCUCCGAAUGUCUUCACAAAUAUAGCAGCUGGACCAGUUAGAAGAUUUAUCACAGAUAAUACAGGUGUAUAAUGACAGUAUUGUAAAUUGCAGAUUCAAGUUUUUUUAAAUGAUUUAAGAUUCUUUAAUUAACAGAGAGUACACAUAUAUUUUUACUUCGAGUCCAAUGAAGUCAUUACAUCAUUUAAUUUGUUUGUCAUUGAAAUGGAAAUUUAUUUUAAUGAAGCAAGAUAUUUCUUGGAACAGAUAUCAUUUAAUUUUUUUUUGCAAUUCAUGGACCAUUUUGUUUUUAGGAUGCUAACACAAAAUAAAGCUUCUUUCUUUUUUAAUUAGUACUUGUUGCAAAAUUUUAUUAUUUCUUAUGAAAAUAGGCUACAAUCAUUGUCAGAUUUGAGGUAUAGCUAUUUUAAAAUAAUAAAAAUUUGAAAAGUUUCAA